GGGGGAUGACCCCUGGUUGAGUGUUGAAGAGGUUGUCUCGGAGCUCAACAGCUGGGCGUUCGACUCUCUCCUCUCUUCAACUGCUUUGCUCAGCCCGCAGCAUGCUCCUUCUCUUCCCAGCGCUUGGCGCCGCCGCCGUGGUGCUACUCCUCUCCCUCCUCCUUCGACAACGCAGCCGCCUUCCCCCUGGUCCCCGUCCUUACCCGCUUCUAGGGAAUCUCCUCUCCCUCCCAUCGCGUCUCCUGCACGCCCGCCUACACGCCUGGGUACCGGAAUACGGCGACCUGUACACGAUCCACAUCGGGCCUCUGCAGCCUGCUGUCGUGCUCAGUUCUGCUCGGGCGCUGACGGAUGUGCUCGAUAAGCUUGGGAGGAAGACGAGUGGGAGACCGAGGCUUAUCUAUGCGGGGGAGAUCAUGACUAAGAAGCUUUUGUAUGCUUUUAUGCCCUAUGGUGAGAGGUGGAGAUGGCUCCGACGAGUAACACACGAGGGGUUCAACAUUCGCGCUUGUGAAGCUUACUACCCCUUCCAAAUAUCCGAAGCCUCCCACCUUGUGCUCUCCCUUCUCCCCUCCACACCCACCUCCCCAACAACACCCAACACUCCCGAAUCCCUACCCGAAAAGCUCAAACAUGCCACCGCAGCCUCCAUCUGGCGCACGCUCUAUUCUGGCCCUACGCUGACACCGGCAGACGAAGCGCUCGUACAGCGCGUUGACCGAAUAAGUGACGAUGUACUCAAGGCUGGGAUGCCGUUAGCACAUUUGGUGGAUGUGAUUCCGGCGCUGAAUAGGCUGCCGAGCUGGAUGGCAAAGUGGAAAAGGGAUGGGGAGGAGUGGUUCGAGGAAACGGAUCGGUUUUUUAAAUCAUUACUGCAGAAGGGGAGGAAGGUCGAGCAAGGUGAGAAUGCGAGAGGUUUCAUUGCGACUACGGCGCCAAGCUUCGAGAAGCUUGAGGUCACAGAGCAGGAGGCUGCUUGGACCGCUGGAGGGCUAUUUGGUGCCGCUGCUGAGACGACAUCCGCCACGCUUUACUUCUUCAUCCUAGCGAUGAUCCUACACCCCUUCGUCGCGCAAACAGCGCAAAAAACGCUCGAAGCACUAUGCGCCUCCCGUCCGCCUUCCUUCGCGGACCGGGAGAACCUGCCAUACAUCACCGCCGUGGUCAAGGAACUGCUGCGCUGGAGGCCGGUGGCUGCCCUAGGGCUACCCCAUGUUGCUGAGGAGGAUGUAGAGUAUAGGGGGUAUGUGAUUCCCAAGGGAACGCUGCUGAUCGGGAACACCUGGUCUAUCUCGCACGACCCCGCGUUCUUCAGCUCUCCAGACACGUUCGACCCGCUGCGUUUCCUGACCGCCUUUGGCGAGCCUCGCACCCCUUCUCCAGAGUAUCACGACGAUACAGUUGCCUACGGCGCUGGCCGGCGUAUCUGCCCAGGCCGGGAUUUCGCAAAUAACACACUCUGGAUCAAUGUCGCUUUCCUUCUGUGGGCGUUUGACUUCUUGCCUGGAGCGGAUUCGGAAGGCGAGGUGUGGCCAAAUCCGGAUAGGCUGACGGAUCAUGGGCUUGUUAUCCAUCCAGCGCCAUUUGAGUACACUCUCAGGCCCCGCCGGACGGAUUUACACGAAUUGCUAGCUUCGGCGUAACGGCUGCACGAGAGGUUCCGCCAUGUUCACGUCACAACUUCAGCACUUUAUCCGGAAAAGUGGAGGAGCUUUGCAUACUCGGCAGCGGUCAAGCUGAAAUAUCUUUGUUUACGGGUUUCUAUUGUUUUAUUGGUCACAGUUGUAAUGCUUAUUCAC